CUAAAACCCUACUAGUAGUUUCAGAGAGAGAGGCCCUUCUUGUGAAGCUCAGACAUUGAUUGGCAUGAAACAAUGGCGAUUUCAAAAUCCAAGAAAUCCGAACGCACCGCCGAAGCAGAAGACCUAGAGCUUUUGAAAUCCGAUGUUGCAUCGUUCGCUUCCUCAAUCGGUCUCUCCUCUACCUCCGGUGCCGGUGCCGGUGCCGUCUCCGGCUUCGACGACUCCGACUUCCGCAAAACAGGCCCUAUCAAGCCGCCGGCCAAGUCCGAUGGGCCUGCAAAAGAGAGACAGAAAGAAAAAGUUAGUAGCAUCGCCAGCAGUAAAGGACUGCCGAAACAAGCUAGGGCUUUUCAACCGGUUGAUAAUUCGAGGGGUUUUGAUAAGUUCAGGAACCUGCCGAAGAUGCCGCUCGUGAAGGCGAGCUCCCUGGGGGUGUGGUACGUGGACGCGACCGAGUUGGAAGGGAGAGUGAUAGCAAGCGAAGCGCAGAAGAAGGUUGAGUUUCGGGACGUUGAGGAGUGGAAGAAAUUGGUUGCGAAGAAGAAGGAGCUGGCUGAGAGGUUGUUGGCGCAGUAUUCGCUGGACUACGAAUCAUCCAGAGGCCAGAGCGGCGACGUCAAAAUGCUGGUCGCCACACAGAGGUCGGGGACGGCGGCAGACAAGGUGUCUGCGUUUUCAGUCAUGGUUGGGGAGAAUCCAAUUGCUAAUAUCAGAUCACUUGAUGCACUCUUAGGAAUGGUGACAUCAAAAGUGGGAAAGCGCCAUGCGCUAACAGGCUUUGAAGCACUAAAAGAACUCUUUAUUUCAAGUCUAUUGCCUGAUUGCAAAUUGAAGACCCUUUUCCAGCGGCCUUUAAAUUAUCUUCCUGAGACAAAAGAUGGUUACUCUUUACUACUAUUUUGGCAUUGGGAGGAAUGUUUAAAGCAGAGGUAUGAACGCUUUAUUGUUGCACUUGAGGAAGCAUCUAGAGAUAUGCUACCUAUAUUGAAAGACAAAGCACUGAAGACCAUGUAUGCGUUGCUGAGGAGUAAAUCAGAGCAAGAGCGCAAGUUACUUUCUGCACUAGUUAACAAACUUGGGGAUCCUGAAAAUAAAGCUGCCUCUAAUGCUGACUUUCAUUUAUCGAAGCUUUUGACUGAUCAUCCAAAUAUGAAGGUUGUGGUGAUUGACGAAGUUGAUACUUUUCUCUUUCGUCCUCAUCUGGGAUUACGAGCUAAAUACCAUGCUGUAAACUUCUUGAGCCAAAUUCGUCUCAGACACAAAGGAGAUGGACCCAAGGUGGCAAAGCGAUUAAUUGAUGUUUAUUUUGCUCUGUUUAAGGUACUUAUUUCUGAGGCUGGCGGGGCUCUUAAGACAGAUAAAAACAGAGAGGAGGAUAGAAGAGCUUUGGGCUCUGCCAAAGAUGGCAAAGUGAAAAGUCAGUCAUCAGAAUCUCAUGUUGAAAUGGACUCACGGUUGCUAACAGCUCUCCUGACAGGAGUCAAUCGAGCAUUUCCCUUUGUUUCUAGUAUUGAAGCUGAUGACAUUAUUGAGGUGCAAACUCCAAUGCUCUUCAGGCUGGUUCACUCGAAGAACUUCAAUGUCGGAGUUCAAGCCUUAAUGCUUCUUGAUAAGAUCUCAUCCAAAAAUCAGAUUGUUAGUGAUCGAUUUUACCGUGCCUUGUACUCGAAACUUCUGCUUCCAGCUGCAAUGAAUUCUUCGAAGGCAAAGAUGUUUAUUGGGCUGCUCUUGAGGGCUAUGAAAAAUGAUAUUAAUUUAAAGCGAGUAGCAGCCUUCUCAAAGCGUUUAUUGCAGGUUGCCCUUCAGCAGCCACCGCAAUAUGCCUGUGCUUGUCUUUUCCUCCUCUCUGAAGUCCUUAAAGCAAGGCCACCUCUAUGGCACAUGUUGCUUCAGAAUGAGUCAGUUGAUGAAGAUCUUGAGCAUUUUGAAGAUAUUGUGGAGGAAACCGAAGAUCAAACUACCACCAAGUUCAAUAAACCUAACAAUGCUACUGAAAAUGUCCCCAUUGAUGAUAGUAACAGUGUUGACAGUGAUUCCUCGCAAGAUGAAGGUGUUUCUAUUUCUUCCGACUCCAAAAGUGAUGUUUCAGAUGAAGAAGAUGACUUGCUUGUUGGAGAAGCUUUACAGGAUGUUGAGGAAGCCAAACCAAUGCCUGAUCAAAGUAGGAAGGAAACUCAAGUGUCUGACGUGAGGUCUUCAUUGCCGGGAGGAUAUGACCCACGGCACAGGGAGCCUUCUUAUUGCAACGCAGAUCGAGUAAGCUGGUGGGAGCUGACAGUACUGGCUUCACAUGUGCACCCAUCAGUCGCUACCAUGGCCGGAACCCUUCUCUCUGGGGCAAACAUAGUGUACAAUGGAAACCCAUUAAAUGACCUUUCACUAACUGCUUUCUUGGACAAGUUCAUGGAGAAGAAGCCUAAGCAGAGCACAUGGCAUGGUGGUUCCGAGAUUGAGCCUGCUAAAAAGCCUGAUCUGAACCACCAGUUGAUUGGGUCAGAGAUCUUGUCCUUGGCGGAAUUGGAUGUACCCCCUGAAGAUUUUGUCUUCCACAAGUUCUAUAUGAACAAAAUGAGUUCCUCAAAGAAGCCAAAGAAAAAGAAAAAGAAGAAAGGAGCAGAGGAUGCUGCUGCUGAAGAGUUAUAUGCUGGUGACGAUGAGAGUGACAACGAAGAGAUUGAGAACAUGCUGGACGCUGCUGAUCCUUCUUUGGAGGCAAAUGGUGAUUAUGAUUACGAUGAUUUGGACAAUGUUGCUAUUGAGGAAGACGAUGACUUGGUUGGUAAUGUCAGUGAUGAAGAGAUGGACAUUCUUUCAGAUAUUGCCGACGAAAAGGAUGAUCACAAUGGAUAUGGUGGUGAUGAAGAAGUUGAUGUAGGAGUAGAUGACGGUGGAAGUGAUGGUGAAGAUGUGCCCGGCAAAAGAAAAAGGAAGCGGAAGUCCAUCGGGAACUCUGCAGCUUCUCCAUUUGCAAGUCUUGAAGAGUUCGAGCAUCUGUUAAAUGACGAGACUGCAACAGAGAACAAGUCUGUUGGAAGAAAGAACUCGAGAUCAAAGAAGCGAAAGAAGUAAUUGAAAGAGACUUCCCCACCGCUUUGGCUUGCCUGGGCUCCCAUUUUUCAGGUCAAAUCAAGCUUGUUAAGCAGGUAAGCUACUGCAUCCUUUUACUUGCCUGAAAAGGAAGGGGGAAAAGGGAAAUAGAUUUCCUGGGGUUUAACAUUGCCGACCAUUAGACCAUCGUGGGUUUAAAGGUCUCCAAAAUUUUGGCCAUUUGUGCGUGAAAGCUGCCACUCAUGGGAAUUAGUGUAAUGUAAGACUUGUAAUUUGUACUCUAAAUCCCUUUAGAAGAAACACAAAAGAACUUUGUUUUGACUGAUUACCCCAUUUGGUCAUUUCUCAAGUGGAAGAGGCAUUUGCAGUGAAUCCCCCCAUUUCUAAA